AAGAUGUGAAAAUAAAGUUUUUUAUUAAGAAUUUUAUUUUAUAAAAUGAUCUUGGUGUGAAAAGGCUUUUAUUGUGAAGGCAGCUCCGUGUGAGCUUCCUCCACCUGUCGCCCCGCUGAGAGGAAAUCCCGUUCCAGUGACUCCAUCAUCCCUGCCGCAGUUUGAAGCUCCCCCGCAGGGACACGGUGUAAAUACUGUGUUGCCAGGUUGGAGUGAAAUCCUCCUUUCAGCGGGCGGCUCCCUUCGUGUGGCGCUGCUGCGUGUUGCCUUCGUGUGCGGGACGGAAGGAACCGGAUCUGGACUCCGUGAGGAGCUGGAGUAUCAGCUGGACCGGAUUUUGAAAACACGGUAGUGCAGAGGAAUAAACGACAGGCGGCAGAAGAAGAGAAGGGCGUUUGUUGAGUGAAUCCACCCGCCGCCGGAGCGGUGACAGUUCAUGUUGAUCACCUGUCGGGUGUCAGGUGAUCUUCGCUGACCCGCCUGGAGGCCACGGCGGCGGAUUGAAGCUGAGACCGCGGACGCUUCCUCCCUCCGGCUUCAGAGGGACUGACGGCUGCUGGCCUGACAUCAUCGGCUGCUCGUUGGGAAUGAAUCAUCGCCUUCAUCAGGGGGGGUUAAGAGAUGCUGUCACUGUCCCCGCACCCUUAAACCACAACACACAGACCCGCACUAACCCGCCCUGCGCCUGAGAUCAUUCCGCGCUUCACUCCCCGGAGCCGGGAUGGAGGAAAUCCUGAGAAAGCUGCAGAAAGACGCGUCCGGCCACAAGCACAAAGGCAUCCGAGACGCCUGCGUCUACGCCUGCGAAACCCUCGAGUCCCAGAAUGGAUCAGCCAAGAUUUCUCUUUCUCAGCUUCGAGAGCGCUGCCUGUUACCUCUACAGAUGGCUCUGGAGUCCAAAAACACCAAACUGGGCCAGACGGCGCUCACCGGGAUGCAGAAGCUCCUGUGUGAGGACAGGUUCGUGGGCGGUGUUGGCGUGGAGGUGGAGGUCCUGGAGAAGCAGCUGCUGAGCCAGAUGUUGGAGGCCAUCAGAAUCACCCCGUCUCUGCAUGAAGACCUGCAGGUGGAAGUCAUGAAGGUCCUGCUGUGUAUCACCUACUCACCAAACUUUGACAUUAAUGGAGACUCCAUCCUGCGGAUCGCUGAGGUGUGUAUCGAGACCUAUGUGUCCAGCUGUCACCUGCGCAGCAUCAACACAGCGGUCAGAGCGACACUGAGCCAGAUACUGGGAGACCUGACACUGCAGCUGCGACACCGACAAGAGGGUGCAGAUGGAGAGGAGGUGACUGCGCUGCCGCUGCAGAGAAGAGAUAUCUCUCCAACCAGCCAGGCUCUGUGUGAAGACGUGGUGACGGUUCUGACAGUCUUCUGUGAGAAGCUGGAGUCAGUGGACAGUGACAACCAGCUGCUGCAGCUGCUCUACCUGGAGUGCCUCCUGUCCAUGCUCAGCAGCUGUCCUCCCACAAUGCACCUGUCCAGAGGUUUCACCGACCUUGUGUGGAAGCAGCUGUGUCCAUCGCUCGUGGCGAUCAUGGGAAAUCCCGUCAACGACAAAACCAUCGCCUCGCACCACGGCUACAUGGGGGCGCCGGACCGAGACCGGCUGUCAGACAGACUCAGUCUAGGACUCAACCAGGAAGUGGACUCGUGCGGCGGAGGGAUAUCCGAUCAGGGUCGGGGGUCGGGCUGCUCCUCCAGCGCCCCCGCCAGGAUCGCCCCGGUGGUGCGGACGGUGUGUUACAUCGCGGCGGAGCUGGUGCGUUUGGUGAGCUGCGUGGAGUCGAUGAAACCGGUGCUGCAGUCGCUCUACCACCGGAUCCUGCUGUACCCCCCCCCUCAGCACCGCACCGAGGCCAUCCGCAUCAUGAAGGAGAUUCUGGGCAGUCCUCAGCGGCUGUACGACCUCGCCGGUCCGUGCGUGGCCGAACCUGAAACCAGGAAGCGCUCCUUCUCGAAGAGGAAGUCUCACCUGGAUCUGCUCAGACUAGUGAUGGACGGGAUGACGGAGGCGUGUAUGAAGGGAGGCAUCGAGGCGUGUUACUCCUCCGUCUCCUGUGCCUGCGCUCUCCUCGGAGCUCUGGAUGAACUGUCGCACGGCCGCGGCAUCCAACCUGAGCAGGCUCGGCUCCUCCUCAGACGACUGGAGGACCUGAAGGACGGGACGGAGUCCACGCGGGAGUCCAUGGAGAUCAACGAGGCCGACUUCAGGUGGCAGAGACACGUCCUGGCCUCCGAGCAGCCGCCGUGGGAGCCCGGCUCCUCCUCCUCCAACAUGGCCACCAGCGGGACCACCGAGCGCAGCCCCGACAUUAGCAUCAGCAUCACCACGGAAACGGGCCAGACCACCCUGGACCUGGAGGCGGGGGGGCUCGGACCGGGCCACACCACUCCUGAGGAGUGCGGGGAGGACGCUCGCCUCCCCUCGCCCUCAUCCUGCGGCGGCCAGGAGGGGGCCACGCGUGAGCGGAGCGUGGAGCCGGAGCAGGGGAGCAAACGGGAGGAGGGGGGAGGAGCAGGGGAGGGGGAGGGAAGAGGGGAGAAAGAAGGAGCAGGAGCAAGAGGAGGAGGAGGAGGAGGAGGAGGAGAGAGAGGAGUAGUGGUUCCUCCAGAUGUGGUCCAGCGGAGUCACGCCCUCGUCUACCCUGACAUCACCAACUUCCUGUCUGUGGAGUCCAGGACCAGGUCGCACCACGCGGGGGGGUCACGGUACAGCGAGAGCAACUUCAGUGUGGAGGAGCAGGACCUGUCGCGGACAGAGUUCGACUCCUGUGACCAGUACUCCAUGGCUGCUGAGAAAGACUCGGGGCGCUCCGACGUCUCGGACAUCGGCUCUGACAACGUCUCUCUGGCUGACGAGGAGCAGCAGACGCCUCGCGACUGCCCGGGCCACCGCUCCCUUCGCAACGCCGCCAUGUCCCUCAAACUGCUCCGCAACCAGGAGGCCGACCAGCAGAGCGCCAGGCUGUUCGUCCAGUCGCUGGCGGCGCUGCUGCCCCGGCUGCUGGGAUUGGCCACCGCCACCGAGGUGGACCUGUCUCUGCAGAACUUCUCCUCCACCUUCUGCUCCGGACUGCAGGCUGGUGGGAUCCACUCCCCGGGCUUCGAGGCAGGUGACACCCUGAGCUGUCAGUCUCUGAUGAACGCAGACGGUCUGUACCUGGUGUCGUACUACGCUCUGCUGCUCAACCUCAAACUCUGCUGCUGCGACUACUACAGACGCCGGACGCUCGCUCCCGUGCUCAGCCUGAAGGAGUUUGUGCGUCUGAUCCAGAGCAGCGGCGUCCUCGUGGUUCUGUCCCAGGUGUGGAUCGAGGAGCUCUACCACCAGGUGCUGGAGCGCAACCUGCUGGGCGAGGCCGGGUACUGGGGCUCGCCGGAGGACCACGCCCUGCCGCUCAUCACCACGCUGACAGAUAUUGACGGUCUGGGCAGCAGUGCCAUCGGCGGUCAGCUGAUCAGGAGGGCGUCCAGCCAAUCGCCACUCAGCUGCAACAAGGCGGGCGGUGACAGCGUGAUGGCAGGAGCCGUGUUCUCUCGCUUCAUCCUCACCGGCGUCUGGAAGAACCUGAUCGACGUCCUGUCCACGCCGCUGACGGGCCGCAUGGCGGGCAGCUCCAAGGGCCUGGCGUUCAUCCUGGGAGCAGAGGGGGUGAAAGAGCAGAGCCAGAGGGAGAGAGACACCAUCUGUCUGAGUUUAGACGGCCUACGCAAAGCUGCCGCGCUCAGCUGCGCCCUGGGUGUGGCUGCCAACUGUGCGUCGGCUUUAGCGCAGAUGGCCGCAGCGUCGUGUGUGCAGGAGGAGAAGGAGGAGAAGGAGCUGGGAGAGACGGGAGACGCCAUCACACAAGUGAAGCAGCGUGUCGAGCAGCGUCUGGAGCAGAUCGGACGUCCUCAGGGAGUUCGUCUGCACACGGCUCACGUCUUGUGCAUGGACGCCAUCCUGAACGUGGGACUGGAGAUGGGAAGCCACAACCACGACUGCUGGCCGCAUGUGUUCAGGGUGACCGAGUACAUCAGCUCACUGGAACACACCCACUUCAGCGACGGCUUCUCACAGCCGUCAUCUUUGACCACCAUCACCCAGCAGGCGGCCGGCGUGGACCUGGGGCUGGAGCUGAGCUGCGAGCCCAGCCCCGAGGCCUCGGAGCUGGGCCUGAGCCGGCCGGUCAUCCAGCCUCUCUCCAUCCAGGAGCUGCUGAGGGAGAGCGGACGAGGAGGCCGAGGGCUGGAGCUGAAGGGCGGGAGCCUGAUGACGGGGACCAGCGCCGCCAAGGCCGUUUGUACGCUGUCAACACAGGCCGACAGGUUGUUUGAAGAAGCAGCCACCAAACUGAAUCUGGUGGGUUUGGUUGGUUUCCUGCAGCAGCUGAGAAAAGCUUCUCAGUCUCAGCUGUUUGACUCUGUAACUGAGACUGGUGACUACUCACUGGCAAUGCCAGGAGAGGCCAAGUCGACGCUGGAGCGGCGCAGUGCUCUCCAUCUCUUCCGUCUGGGCGAGGCCAUGCUGCGGAUCGUGAGGAACAAGAGCCGGCCUCUGCUCCACAUGAUGAGGGCCUGGAGCGUGGUGGCGCCACACCUGGUGGAGGCGGCGUGUCACAAAGAGCGCCACGUAUCCCAGAAGGCCGUUUCCUUCAUCCACGAUGUUCUGACGGAGGUGCUGACGAGCUGGGCGGAGCUUCCACACUUCCACUUUAACGAGGCGCUGUUCAGGCCGUUUGAGCACAUCAUGCAGCUGGAGCUGUGUGACGAGGACGUGCAGGACCAGGUGAUCACAUCAAUCGGCGAGCUGGUGGAGAUGUGUUCUCCUCAGAUCCUGUCGGGGUGGCGUCCUCUGUUCAGCGCUCUGAGGACCGUCCACAGCAGCAAGACCGACAUUAAAGAAUACCUGCUGGGAGAGUACUCCAUGGGGAAGUCCCAGGCGCCGGUGUUUGACGUCUUUGAGGCUUUCAUCAACACUGACAACAUCCAGGUUUUCGCCAACGCCGCCACCGACUACAUCAUGUGCCUCAUGAAGUUCGUCAAAGGCUUAGGAGAGGUGGACUAUAAGGAGAUCGGAGACUGUGUCCAUGUGUCAGGUUACAGCUCCACCGACCUCUGUCUGCCCGCCCUCGACUACCUCCGCAAGUGUUCACAGCUGCUGGCGAAGAUCUACAAGAUGCCGUCCAAGCCCGUGUUCCUGGGGGCGCGGCUCGCCAGCCUGCCAAUGAGAGCGCAGGAACGCUCCGUCGGCAGCGAGGACGGGAUGGACUGCGUCCUCCAGGAGUUUGACGAUGACACAGGUCUGAUCCAGGUCUGGAUUCUGUUACUGGAGCAGCUCACAGCUGCCGUGUCCAAUUGUCCUCGACAGCACCAGCCCCCAACCCUCGACCUGCUCUUCACCCUGCUCCGAGAGGUCACCACUGUCCCAGGUCCGGGGUUCGCCAUCUUCUCCGUCAUCCAGCUGCUGCUUCCUGUGAUGUCGCUCUGGCUGCAGCGUAGCCAUGGCGACCACUCCUACUGGGACGUGGCGGCGGCAAACUUCAAACACGCCAUCGGCUUGUCGUGUGAGCUGGUGGUGGAGCACGUCAACAGUUUCAUACACUCGGACAUUGGAUACGAGUGUCUGAUAAACCUGAUGUUGAAGGACCUGUUCAAGCUGCUGGUGGCCUGUGUGUCUGAACCUGCAGAGACCAUCUCCAGAGUCGGCUGCUCCUGCAUCAGAUAUGUGCUGGUGACAGUUGGUCCGGUGUUCACAGAGGAGAUGUGGAGGUUGGCCUGCUGCGCUCUGCAGGACGCUUUCUCUGCCACACUAGAGCCUGUCAAGAACCUGCUGGCCUGUUUUCACAGUGGUUCAGACAGUUUCUCCGGAGACGCCUGCGAGGUGAAGGUGGCGGCUCCGUCUCAUUCGCCGUCGGCCGAGGCCGAGUACUGGAGGAUCAAAGCCAUGGCUCAGCAGGUCUUCAUGUUGGACACCCAGUGCUCUCCGAAGACGCCCAACAACAAGGACGGCUUCGAGCACGCUCAGUCCUGCGUUCUCAUCAUCGAGCUGCCGUCUGACCAGCAGUCCAACGGACACACACAGAAGAGGAUCCCGUUCCGGACCAUCGUGGUGAGCCUGCUGUCCCACCAGGUCCUGCUCCAGAACCUCUACGACAUCCUCCUGGAGGAGUUCGUCAAACAGCCCGAGGGUCACGAAAGGGUCACGCCCGUGACCUCCGACCCCAGCAGACCCGCCGCGGGCUUCCUGCGCUACAUCUCCAUGACUAAUUUAGCCAUAAUCCUGGACCUGCUGCUGGACUCCUACAGGACGGCUCGUGACUUCGACACCCGGCCGGGUCUGAAGUACCUGCUGAUGAAGGUGUCGGGCGUCUGCGGAGCGGCUAAUCUUUACCGGCAGUCGGCCAUGAGCUUCAACCUGUACUUCCAGGCGCUGCUGUGUGCCACGCUCAGCCAGUCCGACAGCAUGACGGCGCAGCAGGUGAAGAGGAUCCUGUACGAGGAAGAGGAGGGGAGCUCGGACUCCUCCCACCCCGGGUCCGCCUCCUCAGAGGACGAGGACAUCUUUGAGGAAACGGCACAGGUCAGCCCUCCUCGCGGCCGGGACAAACGUCACCAGUGGCGAGCUCCGAUCCCGUCGCUCAGCGUGCAGCCGCUGGGCAGCGCCGACUGGGCGUGGCUGGUCAAACGCCUCUACAAGCUGUGCAUGGACCUGUGCAACAGCUACAUCCAGAUGCACCGCGACCUGGAGAGCUCGCUGGAGGAGACGGCGCUGCUGAGGGGAGGAGCUUCAGGAGGAGGAGAUCACGUCUUCUUCCUGCCUCUCUUCCAGUCUGAGACGUCCACUCCGUCGUCGGCAGGCGGGCUCUCGGCGAGGGGGACGCCCUCGGAGGAGAGCGGGUACCGGGGUCAGGCGGCGGACCAAAGCGCAGCGUCACCGGGAGACACGCCCACACCCAGUCCAGGAUUCAGCAGCACGGGCAGCCUGCCUCAUCACUUCCGGACCGGCGGCGAGCGGAGAGACUCCAGCAUCACGGCGAGCUCACUGGGCGGAGCUCCUGGCAGCAUCGGAGCGGGGAAGAGGAAGGAAUGGUGGGAGAGCGCCGGGAACAAACUGUACACCAUCGCCACGGACAAAACCAUCAGCAAACUGAUGAUGGAGUACAAACGCAGGAAACAGCAGCAGCAGCAGCCGCAGCAGAGCCACGUCAACCUGUUCAUGAAGGAGCAGGGCCGGGCGGCGGCGGGAGGCGGGGGCGCCGGGGAGAGGAGGGGUACUGCGGAGCCCCCGCAGAGACCGCAGCAGCUGGUGGACCAGCAGGGGCCCCCACUGAGGCACUCGGUCAGCGCAGGGCCCGAGGUCCUGAGGCAGGAGAAGAGGCCCCGCUCAGGAUCCACCAUCAGCUCCCACAGCAUCUCACUGAGGGACUCUGAGGCCCAGAUACAGGCGUGGACCAACAUGGUCUUGACUCUCCUCAAUCAGGUCCUCCUCCUGUCUGACUCCUCCUUCCUGGCGCUGCA